UACAAUAACUGAUUUUGCUUUAGCAUUGCAGAACCAGAGAUUGAUUAUUAAACUCAUCUGAGUUAUACACAAUGCCAGCCAAGUACCGACUGACAUACUUCAAUUCUCGCGGAAGAGGAGAAGUUAUACGUCUGAUCUUCAAAGUCGCUGAUGAGGAAUUCGAAGACAGGCGCAUGACAGCUGAGGACUGGAGCAGCAUCAAGUCAGAGACACCCUUUGGUCAGGUCCCCAUGCUGGAAGUUGAUGGGAAAGUGCUGGCACAAAGCAACACAAUAUGCAGAUACUUGGCUCGAGAAUUUGGACUUGCCGGCAAAGAUGUCUUCGAGCAGGCUAGAGUGGACAUGUUUGUGGAUUUGGUGGAGGACUUACUUAGGCCUAUGGUGCAGAUUCUAUACGAGAAGGAUGAAAUCAGAAAAGAGGAGAUCAAAGAGAAAUACGCUAAGGAGACGGCGCCCACAAUCCUGUCACAGUUUGAAAAGCACUUGGCCAAAAAUCCCUCGGGCUUUCUGGUGGGAGAUUCGCUCACGUGGGCUGAUCUGCACUUCAUGAACUGGUUGGAGAAGAAUUGGGUGGGAGGAAAACUUCCAGUUGAGACUUGGAACCGCUUCCCGAAGAUCAAAGAACACAACAAGAUGGUGGCCUCUCUACCUCGUGUUAAGGAAUGGCUGGAGACUCGACCGAAAACCGAACUGUAACUUUUUAGACAGGCUUUGUAAAGCUGCCAUAGACAUAAUGGACAUUUAAUUUCUUAGAACGCUUAGAAAAAAGUAAUUGACGUAUUGCGUGACUGAAACUUUCUCGGGUAUUUUCCUAUGUACAUUAUGUGACGUAGCAUUUGGUUAUACCACAGCCCUGGUCCCGCCGGGACUUACCACCAGGUUAUGCGACUUGCUCAACUGAUCACUGAACUUGGUGACUACACAGAUAUUGUUAGGUAAUAUUGGUAAUAUUGUUAACUACAGGGAUUCAAUGUAAUCUUAUACAAGACAUUUCAUCUAUUCGGGAAGAUAUAUCUACAUACUGAAUUCAUAUUUAUGACAGUACAAACAUUAAAAUAUCCGAUGUUAGCUGUGUUCCCAUAAGAACUUUGGAUCUUGCACGCUUACCCUCAUCAAAGAGGAUGGGUGCAAUCAGUCUUACAUACCACGCAGUUUGCAGAGUCUUACACCUCACGCUUCCCACAGUGUUCGGAUGAACUUGUAGCGUGUCCUCCGAAGUUGUCCGUCUUAUUGUGGUAAUGUGUAUUCAGUGUGAGCGUAAUGUCCAAACCUCUUCAUUUACAAGGCAGUCUCCA